UAAAAGCCGACUCGAAUGCAAAUUACUUGAUGUCUGUUAAAAUGGGUACCGCAAUAUUUUCAGUGGUAGUGACUGCUAUCUUAGCGAUUUCUAGUGUUCAGGCAAUCCUGAAACAAUCUGACUUCACUCCCGAACUCAAGAAGCUUGCGGCAAACUUGCAUGUCACAUGUGUGUCCAAAACGGGCAUUGACGAGGCCUUGAUUGAUAAAGUACUUAAUGGAGAAUUUGUUGAGGAACCAAAAAUGAAGGCUUAUAUGACGUGUCUUCUAUUAGAAGGUACAUUGAUUGAUGAAAAGGGAACACCAAACCUGGAAUUUGGCGCUACACUGAUUCCCGAAAAUAUUAGGGAGGAGUCUGUAAAGAAUAUUAAGCACUGCUAUGCAGUUAAUAAUGAUGUUACAGACUUAGAGGAGAAAAUAUUCAGGGUGUUUAAAUGUUAUUACUACAUAAAUUCAGACAUAUUCAUUUUCUUCUGAGUAUGAAUAGCCCAAUCGAAGAAGCAACAGGAUCUUUUAACUUAUUGGCUUGAUGUACAACAUUGAACUGUAAAUAAAAUUUUCUGAUAAUCUUGUGUUGGUUAAAAAUAAAUGCAUUAAACUUUA